AUGGAAGCUUUUACCGACGACCAAACAAUUAACUUUAUGGAAUUUGCUUCCGCUCAAAGCACCUUCUUCCUUACUGCAGGGGCUCACCGCAUUCCUCAUCUCAAAAGUGUGGCUGUCAAGCUUUAUGCAAAUGAGAGGGGUCUCCACCAGCACAUCGCUUCUCUGGAAUCCUCAGUGGAGUCUUCUCGCCAACAAUUGGAGUUGCUGGUUGGCGAGAAAAUGUCCCUUGAGGAGCAUUGUGCUCAAGUAGAUUCAAAGCUUUAUGGUACCCUCCAGCAGAAUGAGGACUUGAACAUUCGUGUGGAGAGUCUGGAGAGAGAUCUGUUGGAUAAGGAGAAGUUGCCACUUGAUCGUGAGGCAGAGUUGUCUCGCCUUGGGAGUGAUUUAGUUUUGCUGGUCAAGGUUGGAAUGGUGAGAAUUAUUGAUUAA